CGUCUCUACUUCUUGAGUGGCAGCUAGCUAGCUAGCUAGGCAGAAGUUGUUGAUUAAGCAGAUGGGCAGCCUGCCAUUGGAGCUUUUCCAACCAUUGGAUCCUGAUGUUUUUAGCAAGGAGUCGCACGCUGUCGUAGACUUCAUAGCUGAUUACUAUCGUGAGAUAGAGCAGUAUCCUGUUCGGAGCCAAGCUGAGCCUGGAUAUCUAAGCAAGCUGCUACCUGACACCCCUCCCAUUUUCUCGGAACCAAUAGAUACUAUACUAGAAGACGUCAAGAAGGACAUCAUCCCUGGUCUCACUCACUGGCAGAGCCCAAACUUCUACGCCUACUUCCAGGCCAAUGCAAGCACAGCCGGCUUUCUCGGUGAGAUGCUUUGCAGUGGCUUCAACGUUGUUGGGUUCAGCUGGAUCUCUUCUCCUGCUGCAACUGAGCUUGAGAGCAUCGUCAUGGAUUGGAUGGCAAAGAUGAUGAAACUUCCUUCCAUGUUUCUCUUCUCGGGCGCCCAAGGUGGUGGAGGUGUCUUGCAUGGCAGCACAUGCGAGGCAGUGGUGUGCACACUAGCUGCAGCUCGUGAUAAGGCCUUGAGCAAGAUUGGGCAUGAUUCUAUAACCAAACUGGUUGUCUAUGCAUCUGAUCAAACACAUUUUACUGUUCAUAAGUCUUCGAAGAUCAUCGGCAUUCCACCGUGCAACUUCCGAGUUAUCCCGACAACGGCCUCUUCCGGCUACGGUCUUACUGCUGAUGCUGUCCGAUCAGUGAUGAAGGAAGACAUUUCACAAGGAUUUACACCUUUGUACUUGUGUGCCACUGUGGGCACAACUGCCAUUGGCGCAGUGGAUCCAUUGUUAGAACUUGGUCAGGUGGCCAAAGAAUUUGGUGCUUGGUUCCAUGUUGACGCGGCUUAUGCUGGGAGUUCGGCUGUUUGCCCAGAAUUCAGGCGUUACUUUGAUGGGGUGGAGUUGGCUGAUUCGAUUAGCAUGAACCCACAUAUAAAGUGGUUCCUGACUAACAUGGACUGUUGUUGUCUAUGGUUGAGAAGUCCCACAGAACUAGUUAACUCGCUGUCGACCAACCCAGAGAUACUGAGGAAUAAUGCCAGUGAUGCCAGGGAGGUGGUGGACUACAAAGACUGGCAGAUUGCCCUGAGCCGGAGAUUCAGAGCCAUGAAAUUAUGGCUGGUUAUCCGAAGAUAUGGAAUGGUUGGCCUGAUGGAGCACAUAAGGAGUGAUGUGGGAUUAGCUAAGCAUUUUGAGAAGCUGGUUAAGAUGGAUAAAAGGUUUGAGGUGGUGGUCCCUCGGAGAUUCUCUUUGGUGUGCUUUCGUCUAAAGCCCAGGUUUGAUGAUGAUGAUGAUGAUGAUGAUGAUGAUGAUGAUGAUGAUGAUGGUUUGAAGAUAAACAUUAGGCUGCUUGAUGCUGUGAAUUCCAGUGGCCGUGCAUUCAUGACUCAUGCCAUCGUUGGUGGUAGGUUCGUGAUUCGUUUUGCCAUCGGCACCACGCUCACUGAGAUGCAGCAUGUUGAUGCCACAUGGAAGCUAAUUCAAGGCAUAGCCAAGGGGUUGCUGCUAGCUGAUCACAGUUAAA